CCCCUGCCCGCGAUCUAAUGAUACACUCUGUAUACGCUUCUGUUGAGAAUUUGUGGGUAGACAUUCCUGUGGGACCAGGAAUCUAAAUUCUUGGUAACUGGGAAAAAAAUAAAACAACAGCCAACCCCGUCCAUCCCAACCCAGCCCCCUGAAGGGUUGAAUUCUCGCCUUCCUCAGAGCAGGCAUGGCAUCGGACAGCAUCUUCGAUUCCUUCCCGUCCUACUCGCCGACCUUCAUCCGUGACCCGAGCACCAGCCGCCGCUUCACACCUCCCUCCACGGCCUUUCCUUGCGGCGGCGGCGGCGGCGGCAAGAUGGGAGAGAACAGCGGCGCGCUGAGCGCGCAGGCGGCCGUGGGCCCCGGCGGGCGCGCCCGGCCCGAGGUGCGAUCGGUAGUGGAUGUGCUGGCGGACCACGCGGGCGAGCUUGUGCGCACCGACAGCCCCAACUUCCUCUGCUCCGUGCUGCCCUCGCACUGGCGCUGCAACAAGACGCUGCCCGUCGCCUUCAAGGUGGUGGCGCUGGGGGACGUGCCAGAUGGGACGGUGGUGACCGUGAUGGCAGGCAAUGAUGAGAACUACUCGGCGGAACUGCGCAACGCCUCGGCCGUCAUGAAGAACCAGGUGGCCAGGUUCAACGACCUUCGUUUUGUGGGCCGCAGCGGGCGAGGCAAGAGCUUCACAUUGACCAUCACCGUGUUCACCAACCCUACCCAAGUGGCCACCUACCACCGAGCCAUCAAGGUGACUGUGGAUGGACCCCGGGAGCCCAGACGGCACCGGCAGAAGCUGGAGGACCAGACCAAGGUAUUCCCUGACCGCUUCGGGGACCUGGAGCGACUGCGCAUGCGGGUGACUCCAAGCACUCCGAGCCCCCGAGGCUCACUCAGCACUACCAGCCACUUCAGCAGCCAGACCCAGACGCCCAUGCAAGGCACUCCAGACCUGAACCCUUUCUCUGACCCCCGCCAGUUUGACCGCUCCUUCUCAGCCCUGCCGCUUGCGGAGAGCCGCUUCCCAGACCCAAGGAUGCACUACCCGGGGGCCAUGUCUGCCGCCUUUCCCUACAGCGCCACACCCUCGGGCACCAACAUCAGCAGCCUGGGAGUAGCAGGCAUGCCGGCCACCAGCCGCUUCCACCACACCUACCUCCCACCGCCCUACCCUGGUGCCACGCAGAACCAGAGCGGGCCAUUCCAGGCCAACCCGUCUCCCUACCACCUCUACUAUGGCGCGUCCUCAGGCUCCUACCAGUUCUCCAUGGUGGCCAGCAGCGGCGGGGGCGACCGCUCACCCACCCGCAUGCUUGCCUCCUGCACCAGCAGUGCAACCUCUGUUGCCGCUGGCAACCUCAUGAACCCCAGCCUAGGAGGCCAGAGUGACGGCGUGGAGGCCGAUGGCAGCCACAGCAACUCGCCCACGGCCCUGAGCACACCAGGCCGCAUGGACGAGGCUGUGUGGCGGCCCUACUGA